AUGGCGGAGAGCGCGGUGGCGGCGGUGCUCUCCAAGUUCGGGGAGCUGGCGGCGAGCGAGGCCAAGAUACUGCUCGAGGUGGGCGACAACAUGAUGCUGCUGCGCGACCGUCUGGAGUGGCUGCAGGCCUUCAUCCGCGACGCCGACCGCAAGCGCCGGACCGGCACCGACGGGCUGACCCGCGUGUGGGUGCGCCAGACGCGUGACGUCGCCUUCGAGGCCGAGGAUGCGCUCGACGAAUUCUUCUACGAGGUUGGGACGGAGGUUUUCUAG